AUGAUUUCAUUUCAGCAAGUAAUUGAUUGUACAUCAGCUAAAUUGGCAACCAUGCCAUCUGGAUAUUUGCCCAAAUGGCUUUUAUUCAUAUCUGUCGUCUCUGUAUUCAAUUCACUACAGACCUAUAUAUCAGGCCUUGAAUUGACCCGUCAGGUAUACGAAAACAGCCCACAAGAAGUCACGCCAUUGAGUGCAAGAACUUUUGGUACCUGGACGCUAAUUUCAAGUUUUAUUCGUCUUUACGGUGCCUUUCACUUGAAUGAAAAUCAUAUCUUCCAAUUGACAUUUAUCUCUUACAGCAUUGCGUUAUUGCAUUUCUCCAGUGAAUUAUUGAUUUACCGUACUUGCAAAAUCGGUAAGGGUAUUUUGGGACCACUCGUAGUUGCAACUACAUCUUUGACAUGGAUGUUUUAUCAAAAAGAGUACUACACUGGAUCAAGUUGGUAA